AGUGACCAGCCAAUCAUAUGCAAGCACUUGCACAGGCCUAUUUGAAUAACACUUGGCUCAGUCCUAAUAUAAAAUACUUGUCUAACUAACAAGGUAAUGUCGUAACAGUAGCCAGCCAAUCAUAUGCAAGCACUCACACAGUCUAUAGGCUAAAGCCUUGGAGGUUUUUCUUAUACCGUAGUCUUCGUUUUUCUAUUUUUGGCUUAAAAUGCUAAAGAUUAGCCUCCGUGAUUCAAACCAUCAGAAUAGAAGUGGAGUGAGACGUCUGUCAGUGUUGCACCUAUCAUGUACAUUGUAUCCCACCAACGAAGAAGAAUGACUGUUCUUCUUCUACGACACCUUCUUCCCCUAAACUUGAUUGACUUUACCCAUUGUCGCCAUCUAGUGGUGAAACCACGAGUUGCACCCUGGUCUGGAGCACCUCGUAAUGUUACUCUAUGGGGGAGGCUGAAUUUGAUCCGUGCGGCUGUUUCAAGACCAAAAAUGAAAGGAGAUUUAAUUAUGCUUUAUUGCGUUUGGAUCCUCAUGAACUCAGCUCUCUCUGAAGACUGGACUCGUCUUCACACCGAGGACGACCUCUUCAGGAGACUGUUUGGAGGUUACAGCAAGUGGACACGUCCGGCGAGGAACGUCACCGACGUGGUCAUCGUCAAGUUUGGCCUCUCCAUCGCUCAACUCAUAGACGUGGACGAAAAGAAUCAGAUGAUGACGACCAACGUUUGGCUUAAACAGGAAUGGACAGAUUAUAAGCUGCAGUGGACUCCCUCAGACUUCGACAACGUGACGUCCAUCAGAGUUCCUUCUGAGCUCAUCUGGGUGCCCGACAUUGUGCUCUACAACAAUGCAGAUGGAGAGUUUGCCGUCACCCACAUGACCAAAGCCCACCUGUUCCACACGGGUCGAGUCCGCUGGGUUCCCCCGGCCAUCUACAAGUCCUCCUGCUCCAUCGAUGUCACCUUCUUUCCCUUCGACCAGCAGAGCUGCAAGAUGAAGUUCGGCUCCUGGACGUACGACCGUGCCAAGAUCGACCUGGAGCCCUUUGAGAACACGGUGGACCUGAAGGAUUACUGGGAGAGCGGUGAGUGGGCGAUCGUCAACGCUGUGGGCACCUACAACACCAAGAAAUACGACUGCUGCCGUGAGAUCUACCCCGACAUCACCUACUACUUCGUCAUCCGCCGCCUCCCGCUCUUCUACACCAUCAACCUCAUCAUCCCCUGCCUCCUCAUCUCCUGCCUCACCGUCCUCGUCUUCUACCUGCCGUCAGACUGCGGCGAGAAAAUCACGCUGUGCAUCUCUGUGCUGCUGUCGCUCACCGUCUUCCUGCUCCUCAUCACAGAGAUCAUCCCGUCCACGUCGCUGGUCAUCCCGCUCAUCGGAGAGUAUCUGCUCUUCACCAUGAUAUUUGUCACGCUGUCCAUCGUCAUCACCGUGUUCGUGCUGAACGUCCACCACCGGUCGUCGGCGACUCACAGGAUGCCCCGAUGGGUCAGGAGGUUGUUUCUGUCGGCGGUGCCACACUGGCUGUGCAUGAAGCGUCCUGUCCACAGGCGGCGUCACCUCGCUGAAAAACUCCUCCCUCUCCACACCCCGGUCCCCUCGCACUUCAACUCCACAUGGAUCACUCAGGAGUCCGACAUAGAUCUCCAUGGUUAUGACAACGACAACCUUUGCAACAGCAGCCACCGUCUCGACUUCUUGAACACCAGGGAUGAAAUUCAAUACUGCAAUCUUCACAGCUUCCCAAACACAGAUGGGUUGGAGAGAUUUGGGGUGAAGAUAUCAGGCCGGAAGAGGAUCUCUUCACUCUCACCUCCGUCCACUCGAUGCCUUGGCUACACCAUCCUCCCACAGGGACAGUCCACCAUCAGUUUGGACUGGGACACCCCUCCUGUAGAGCAGGGUACGGUCCUGACCCCAUCAUCCUCUGUUCUGUCUCCUGCGGUGGUGUCAGCUCUUGAGGGGGUGACUUACAUCGCAGAGCAUCUCAGAGCCGAGGAUGCAGACUUCUCAGUUAAAGAGGACUGGAAGUACGUGGCCAUGGUUGUAGACCGGAUCUUCUUGUGGAUGUUCAUCAUCGUGUGUCUGCUCGGGACAGUCGGACUCUUUCUGCCUCCGUGGCUCUCUGGGAUGUUUUAGGAAGAAACAAGAAAAGAUGAUUUAUUAAACUAAUGAAAACAUUUCUCAGGUGGAGUGGAAUUUUAGAAUUGAAAGGUUGACAUAAGUCCUGAGAAGUGUGGGAACUAAAAUAUACUGUUAUUAAUAAAGCUGCUUAUUUGCAUGACAGAUAAAUCAAUUGAUCAAAUAUAAACCCUCUAAUCUCUCAUGUACUGUGAGUGUUUUUAUUUGUGUAUGUUUCUCUGUGAAUGAAAAAGCAGACUCUGGUUCUUCUUUGCCAUUUCAUGAUAUCUGCUUUCUGACAGGUAAUGUUAAAGUCAAUCAGUUUGUGUUCUCAGAGGUACAAAAUAAAAGUUUCGUAUAAGACUGGCUCUUGGAAAGGGAGUCAGGAUCUGAUGUCACUCGUCGAUGGAUUACUGAAAAAUACUGAGUCAUUAAAAUAGUAAGAAAGAUA